AUGUAUGAAUCAAUCACAUUAAGUUUAACUGGGAAUGAAACCACACUAUCUUCAAAUUAUUUCCCGUCUCUAAACGUGUACGAAGACUCUGAAAUAGCUUUGUUAUGUUUACAAACGUUCAAUUCGUUUCCAAACAUAAAUUCUUCUAAUAACAAAUUUGCAAUACAAGUAAUAGACGAGUAUAAUAAUAAUAAUAAUGAAAAUAUAUGUUAUAUUGCAUUAAAAACGGGAUGUUACGAAAUUGUAGAUAUUAACCGUCAAAUUAAGAAGCAAAUAAAUUCUUACAAUGAAGAAAAUGGUACAAAAAUAACAUUCGAUAUUUCAGUUGACCAUAAUGAUUUUAGAUCAUACAUACAAUGUAAUGGUAUAAUUAUGUUUAAUAUGAUUAAUGGGAUAGCACCCAUAUUAGGAUUUGAAAAACGAGACUAUCCUCCGGAGUAUGUAACUCAUCGAUCGGAAAAAGCUGUAAAUUUAAACACAAUUAAUUCUAUAAAAGUGAUGUGUAAUAUAGCUCAAGGAUCAUUCAACAAUCACCUUCAAAGUCAUACGAUUUACGAGUUUUUUCCGAGUGAAAAGACUGGGACAAAAGUUGUUCAAUCACCGCCAAAUUUAAUAUAUUAUAAAUUAAAUAAAAUAAAUAUUGAUUCAAUAACUGUACAAUUAGUUGAUCAGGAUUUUAAUCAAAUCGAAAAUUUUGGUGAGACAUUAACAGUUGUGUUACAUAUUAAACGUUACGGUUCUUAAGAUGGGAUUAAAAUUCAAUAUAAACCCAUUACUUCACGUUAAUCGAGCUAGUCACACAACUAAAGUGUUACCGAUAACACCGACUAAAGUAAAAAAAUUAACGGUGAAAAAUAAAAAAAUUUUAAAGGCUCUUGGUUAUAAA